AUGCCGUCGCUCUGUGGUUUAGGAGGGUCCAAGACCGUCCAGCGCAAGCUAGUUCUUUUGGGAGAUGGUGCGUGCGGCAAGACAUCACUAUUGAACGUCUUCACAAGAGGUUAUUUCCCGACAGUCUAUGAGCCUACGGUCUUUGAGAACUACGUUCAUGAUAUCUUUGUCGACAACGUGCACAUCGAGCUUUCACUAUGGGAUACGGCCGGACAAGAAGAAUUCGACCGCUUACGAAGUCUUUCCUACGACAACACCGACGUGGUAGUCCUCUGCUUCAGCGUAGAUAGCAAGGACUCGCUAGAAAACGUGGAGAGCAAGUGGGUUGGUGAGAUUCAGGAGAACUGCCCCGGCGUCAAGUUAGUCUUGGUGGCAUUGAAGUGUGAUCUACGAGAGAACCACGACGAGGAUGACGAUGCGGCGGCUAGCGGAACAGACGGUCCCCAACGGGAGAAGAAGCCUAUGAUCGAUUACAACCAAGGUCUAGAUGUUGCGCGACGAAUCAAGGCUAUGCGAUAUCUCGAGUGCUCGGCCAUGAGGAAUCGGGGCGUAAACGAAGCAUUCACUGAAGCUGCUCGGGUAGCUUUAAGUGUCAAGCCUAGCGGCGAGAACGAAUCGAAGUGCGUCGUUAUGUAA